AUGUCCUUCCUAAAGAUCGUCAAGACCUCUGCUUACCAUUCUCGUUUCCAAACUGCCUUCAGAAGAAGAAGAGAAGGUAAGACCGAUUACUACCAAAGAAAGAGAUUGGUCGCUCAACACAAGGCCAAGUAUGCUACUCCAAAGUACAGACUAGUGGUCAGAUUCACCAACAAGGACAUCAUCUGCCAGAUCGUGUCUUCCACCAUCACCGGUGACGUUGUGUUGGCUGCUGCUUACUCCCACGAGCUUCCAAGAUACGGUAUCACCCACGGUUUGACCAACUGGUCCGCUGCUUACGCCACCGGUCUGUUGAUCGCCAGAAGAACCCUGCAGAAGUUGGGCUUGGACGAGACCUACAAGGGCGUCGAGGAAGUUGAAGGUGAAUACGAAUUGACCGAGGCUGUCGAAGAUGGUCCACGUCCUUUCAAGGUGUUCUUGGACAUCGGUUUGCAAAGAACCACCACUGGUGCCAGAGUGUUUGGUGCUCUAAAGGGUGCUUCCGACGGUGGUCUGUACAUCCCACACUCCGAGAACAGAUUCCCAGGUUGGGAUUUCGAAGCUGAAGAGUUGGACGCUGACUUGUUGAGAUCCUACAUCUUCGGUGGUCACGUCUCUCAAUACAUGGAAGAAUUGGCCGACGACGAUGAGGAGAGAUUCUCCGAGUUGUUCAAGGGUUACUUGGCCGAUGACAUCGAUGCUGACUCUCUUGAGGACAUCUACGCUUCCGCUCAUGAAGCUAUCAGAGCUGACCCAUCAUUCAAGCCAACUGAAAAGAAGUUCACCAAGGAGCAAUACGCCGCUGAAUCCAAGAAGUACAGACAACAAAAAUUGACCAGGGAACAAAGACAAGAACGUGUUGCUGCCAAGAUCGCUGCUUUGACCGAGAGCCAGUAG